AUGUCAUGGCUCGCACGCUCGCUCGCUGACUCUCUACGGCUCGACGACGACGGUGGUGCCGAGAACGACGUUGUACCGAACAACAAUGACAAAGCACCAAUCUCACCCACCACCGACACCAAACCCCAAGAAGAUGACAAUGGAAGAAGUGGAAUUGAAUCUGCAGACGAGGAACAAGACGACGCCCAAACCCGAGGCGUGAAGGAUGACCUCGACGAAUUCAAACAAACCCUGACCCGCCAAUUCUGGGGCGUCGCUACCUUCCUCGCGCCACCGCCUUCGGACCCCUCCACGCUGUCCAAUCGAUCAGGUCCCGAUUUCGAUCGAUCUGAGCCGCCCGAUAAUCGGCCCGAGCAAUUGGCGAUGGAUUUGAUUGAAGACGAAGAGGAUGAAUUGGAAGAGUGCGCUGUUGGGGUCACUGAGGAGGUCCUGGCUUUCGCAAAAAACAUCGCGAUGCAUCCAGAAACGUGGCUGGACUUUCCUCUUGAUGAGGAAGAGGACUUAGGCGAUUUUGAAAUGUCUGAUGCCCAGCAAGAGCAUGCUAUGGCGAUUGAACAUUUUGCUCCAAGAUUAGCUGCUUUGAGGUUUGAACUCUGUCCAUGCCAUAUGAGCGAGAGUUACUUCUGGAAAGUCUAUUUUGUGCUUCUGCAUUCAAGGCUCAAUAAGCAGGAUGCGGAGAUUUUGUCCACACCCCAAGUAAUGGAAGCCAGAGCAAAGUGGAUGCAGGAGCUACAAUGUCAGACUAUGUCAGAAUACGAAGGAUUUGGAAGAAACACUUCUUUUCUAAAAGACAAUUCUAACAUACCAAAUGACGAUUUUGUUCCGGUCUCAUCCUGUAGUGUUUAUUAUGAGGACAAGCUGCUAAGGACACAUCCUUAUGAAUCAACCAUGUCCCCCACAGUCCAUGAGACUGAGAAACAUCCAGUUGAGAGUAAUGAGAUGCCAUUCAUUGAUAAGUCUGUUAUUGAAGAAAAUCCCAUCAUUAAGACAGAGGAUAAGAAUUUAACAGUUGGUCCAUCCUCUAAGAUAGACAAUAUCUAUGAAGAUGAUGAGGAUGACUGGCCAGAGGAAGAUUCUGAUUUAGAUGGAUAUAGUGGAACGGCUAUUCAUGUGGUAAAUGAAGAAGACAUAUCUUUCAGUGAUCUCGAGGACGAUGAUUUCCUUACACCCACAAAACUCAAGAUUGUCUCAAAGAAAUAA